UCAGUUAAAUUCUGUCGCUCUGAACUUUAAAUAGAUUAAACCCGUGAGAAGUGAUGGAGGUGCCAAAAUACUUAGAUUCAGCUCUGCUAAAGACAGUGGUUCAGAAAGGAUAUAACCUGGAUGAAGUUGAAAUUAUUUCCACUAAAAUAGAAAUUGCAACAUCUCCUGGAGAUAACUACAAUAGUAUCAUAUAUCGAGUUUUCUUAACUAUAACCGACAGCAGGAAAGAUCAAAAGAAAAUUCAAUUUAUUUUAAAAGAUCUGACAAAUAUGGAACAAGGAGGUUUAUUGAUUGAUUAUAGGGCAAUUCAUGAGAAAGAAGUUGACAUGUUAAAAAAUAUUUUGCCAAGAUUCACAAAACUAACGCAAGGAGUACAAUUUUCACCAAGGUUUUACUAUACAAUUCCUGAAAGUCAUAUGAUGAUAAUUGCUAUGGAAGAUUUGAGAGAACUUAAUUACCGGAUGGUUAAUAGAAGAGAUGGUCUUGAUUAUGAACAUUGUCGUCUAUCUCUCACAAAAUUGGGACACCUACAUGCAGCAUCUAUGUCAGCAUCCAUUGAUGCAGAUGAUCCGUCUUCUAUGAAAAAGUACGAAUUUGGUCUUUUUCAUGGAACUGACAAGAAGCCUGCAGUAAUACGACAAUGUUUUUCCUUGAAUUUCACAAAACUUUGCGAAGUUGUAAAGAACUGGGAAGGUUUUGAAGCUAUUUCCGAAAAGCUAGAACGCAUGAAGGACAAAUUCUGGUAUAUUGUUGAUGAAAGCAUUUCGAAGAAACAUGAUGGGUAUAGAGUUCUAAAUCAUGGGGAUUUCUGGAUCAACAACAUUCUAUUCAAAUAUAACGAAUCAACUGGUAAACCCAUUGAUGUAAAAAUUGUUGACUUUCAGAAUUGCUUCUACACAACACCUGCUAAUGAUCUACAAUUCUUUUUCAACUCAAGUCUUCAGAAUGAUGUGCGUGAAAAUCACAAAGAUGAUCUCCUACGGAUCUACUAUGAUGCCUUUGCAUCAUCCCUAAAUAAUCUACAACAAGACUUAAUUCCCUCUUUUCGGGAUCUUGAGGAAGAAAUGAGAAAGAAGGAAAUGUUUGGUUUUCUUGCUGCUGUCUUUGUUCUUCCAGUUGCUCUUAUGGAAGAGCAAUCCUCUCAGAAAAGUGGAUUUGAUGAUUUUCUAGAUGAGGAAACUAGGAACACCCUAACAAUGUUUAUGUUUUCUGGAAAAAAAUUCGCAGAAACUAUGAAAGCAAUUUUGAAGCAAUGCGAUGACUUGAAGAUCUUCGACAUAGAAUAUUAAUAUUUUCAAUUUA